CCCUAUAUGUUUUCUUGUGGGUAAGAGCUCUGACAUAGUGAAGCAAUCUGGUUUGAGGAAAACAACAGGCUCUGGACAUCUCUGCUCGUGACUCCUGACUCCUGCUCCUGAAUCCGCCGGUGUGAUUGCUUCGCCAACAGCGAGAUGAAUCCAACACUGAAGUGGGUGCUGGCGGUCCAGCUCUUGUUGACAGAACAUGCUGUCUCCUGUGCACAGACCUGGCCUGCUCCAGAGGGUGGGCAGUAUCACAACGCGGCCACCGACAUGGAAGGCCAAAAACAAGAGGGGCAGCCCCUUGUUCCCUGGUUACCCCUGGAGCCCGGCCACCCAUCCGGGGCAGACGAGGGUGUUCUGGGGCUCAGCGGGGACUCCCACGAGGUGGAGGACAGGGCUCAGUCUGCCCGGGACAUGGUGACGGCCAUCGCGGGCGUGCUUGGGAGGGUGCAACCCACCCCCCUACGGGUCAACGCCAGCUGCAAGGAGCUGCUCGCCGCCACCUCUCUGGAGGACCCCUCCUCCGCUCUCUUCCCCCGCGAGCUGCUGGGGCUGUCCCUGGUGCCAGUGCUAGCAGCCUCCGGCUGCCCCGAGGAGGCCCAGGCGGUGGUGCUGCGGCUGUUUGAGCUGCUGGGCGUGGCCGACACCACCGAGCUGCUCCUGGACUUAGAGGACCUGAUCGAGAGGAGCAGCCGCCCCCGGGCCACCCCGGCUCCGCCACCCGGAAGGUGGGACCAGGCUGAGCGGCACCUGCAGGCCAUCAUGUUCAACAUCCAGCAGCUGGCUGGGUCAGCGGAGGCCCCAGGACAGGAUGCCACAGAGGCAGAGGAAGAGGCACGGGGCAGGUGCCAGGGCUGGAUCCGAGUCAACGGGACCUCCCUGCUGGGGGGCACGGCAGGGGAUGAGGUGGGGCUGCGGGAGGCGGUGCAGGCCUGUGAGAGCCUGGGCCCCAGGUGCGCCGGGGUGUCCAGCGGCGAGCGUCCCGGGCGGUACAGGGCAGUGCUGAGGAGGGGCAGCCGUGUGCUGCCCUCCGGCCACUGCGAGUGCUGGAUCCGCGAGUGCAGGGGAUCGGAGGGGCAGCCCGACCCCCGACGUGUCCGCCGCAGCCCUGAGAAGAGCUGCGUCAACAAGAAGGAGGAGCGGGUGUACAACGUGGUGGAGUGGAUCCCCGGCGUCAGCACGCUCUACAACCUCGGCACGGCGGUCUACUACGCCUCGGUCAACUGCUCCGAGACGGCCAAGGAGAGAGCCAUCCUCAGCGCUGUGGACCUGGGCACCGACGCCCUGAUGGCCGUCACAGGGGGCACGGUGGGCGUGGCAGGCUACGCGCUGGGGGCGGGCGUGAAGACGGGCGUGAAGGCCGGAAUCAAGUACCUCCUGAACACCAUGAAGCACGAGGACGACCUCCUUGUGAACCAGAACAGCUGGACUACAUCCAUCACCAUUCAGUAGUGUGGUGUCUUCGGGCAUGUCCACUCAGCCCCCCUGAAAACAGAACUGAACUUCAACGCUUAGUCCGUGGACUCUAUCACUGGACAUGGGCCUUCACCGGACCUGGAAGAGGCCCGUUCAAGUCAGGUUUUUUUAAAACACUCAUCUAAUGAGAUCUGUUCAGCCACUACUUCACUUCAAGCGACUGCCGAGGGGAAUCAUUCCCUGACUCAACAAAGCGCAUUACAGUUUGACAGAGACUGCAAGCGGCUUGUCUCAUGUUUCUGUAGAUUUCCUCUGCGACCAAAUCCUUUGCUUUACAGGCUGGCCAGUGAACCAGAAAACAAGACUGGUGACAUUGAGGUCAAUGAGCAUCUACUGGUCAUUGUCAAUGGACAUACAGUAAUUUCUCUGUAGUUUUUUCUGAACUGGGAGAAAAAUGCACAAUCCAUGUGCAUAGCACACAAUAUUUCAAUGAGCCUCUCAAUUAUCAUAGAGUUAAAAGCUCUCUUUUUAUUCUUGUUAACACAGCAAUAUUUUGCUAUGUGUUUUUUUUUUUUUGACCAAACACCAUACGUGUUUUUGGUCAAAAUGUACUUAUUGUAGUAAAUAAAUACAUUAGUCAUUUUUCCCAUCAUAACAUGCAGUUGAAUUAAUCACAAUUACUUAGAUUACCACAUUUUUGAACAUUUCUCAUAAUGUCUUGUACUUGUACUGUAUAUUAUCAGGGUCUACAAAAAGCCAUGUGCAUCACUUAAUAGUUCUGAAACACAAUCAAUAAAUGGGACAGAAAACUGUAAAAGUGAGGGACUAUAUGCCUAAUAGAAACAGGUGCUGUAUUAUAAUCAUGGAAAAAAUAAAUUGUCAAUAAAACUUUUUUGAUUUG